GUCUCCCUAAGACUGAUAUUGACGACUGAAUUAUUCUUGUUUUUUAUUACUAAAAAAAAUAAAAAAAAAUUAAGACACUAAUUAAAUCUGUCUAGAGUGAAUAGCAGCUUGGCAACUAACAAAGAAUGAAGUCUCCAUUGGCGUGGCUUGUUGUAUGGUGCACCUUGUCCCUCGUAGGUGGUCGGCGAGAGGUGUACGAUGAUGAUAUGCGGUUGCGAAUAGUGGACAUCAGCCACAGGUAUCAGGCUGACAUGCCGGAGUGGGAAUCAGAGGGCGGCAUCGGGCAGUUCCUAUGGCAGGUUAGUAGCAUGAAGAACGGUUCCAUGGCCAACGCUUCCCUUAUGAAGCUCCCUACUCACACCGGCACCCAUGUGGAUGCCCCCGGCCACUUCUACGACCACUACUUCUAUGCUUCCUUCGACGUUGACUCCCUCGAUCUUCAUGUCCUCAAUGGUCCUGCUCUGUUGAUCGAUGUUCCAAGACAUAGCAAUAUUACUGCUCAAGUUAUGAAAUCGUUGAAUAUUCCAAGGGGUGUCAAUCGUGUGCUCUUUCGAACACUCAAUACCGACAGGCGGCUCAUGUAUCAGAAGGAAUGUGACUUAAGCUAUGUAGGAUUUACAGUGGAUGGUGCUCAAUGGCUAGUGGACAACACUGACAUCAAACUUGUAGGAGUUGAUUACUUAUCAGUUGCUGCUUUUGAUCACUUGGUUGGAUCUCACCUAGUUUUCCUGAAAGACAGGGAAAUCAUUCCAGUGGAAGCCCUGAAGCUUGAUGAUAUCCCAGCAGGAUUAUAUACAGUCCAUUGCUUACCUCCUAGGUUGUCUGGUGCUGAGGGAUCACCAAUACGCUGCAUUUUGAUCGAAUAAUAACAGUGUAAGUGCAGGUUUGAUUGAUGCAGAAGGCUUGGAUCGGAUGGGUAUCAUUAUAGUGUUGUUUGGUGUAUUCACCAGUCUUAAUAGCAUUACAUUGAAUCUGGGUUUCUUAUGUAUGCUAAGUUAGAAUCACAUGUAUAGUAGUAUCCUUGUGGAGCAAGAUAGCAUAGCAAGUUAGCAACAUUGGACUUCAACUUUGUUGCCAUACCCUCUCGACGAAUUUAGUCAUCACACUGUAUAAAUAAGAGAGACACAAAUUAUUAUAUCUCUAAUAUAUCUUUUUAUAUUUGCAUGAAA